CUUAAAUAUUAUUCAUACAGUAUGUCUGACCAUGAGGAAACGGACCAAGUAGCUCCGAUGAAGGGAAGGGACCGUGUAGCCACGCUGAAGGAUAGGAACUCUUUAUACGACAUAGGAGACAGUGCCAAAGUGGCCGAACAGAAAGUAAAGGACUCCGGCAUGCCCAGACGCAAAGAAUCCCAGCUGGACAAGUACCCCGAGAUCAGACCUAAAAAGGUGUUCAUAGCACACUGAGCUCUGAAGCUAUCCUGCGGCACCAUUUGGCUGCGUGAUGUCUCACGUUAAACUAUAUUUACAAAACUUAUCCUCCGAUGAUAUCCGAAACAGCGAAGCGAAACGCCGACAAUGCGUAUAGGAACCAAAGUCUCAGGCGCCGACUCUCUUACUGGGGAUGAAUGUAGUGUCCACAGGUAAUGCAAAACAAAGCACAUCAUCUGGGUUCCGAAUAGUAUAACAACAAACUACUAUCAGCCGACCUUCCGUACUUUCGUGUGACCUGACGGAAUGACAGUGGAGAAAACCUCGCUUGCCUUUUUUAAUUCGAUAUCCUAGCCAACUUCUAGAAUAAAUAUACAUAUCAAACAGAAGGCUACGUGCUGUGUCUCCUACUCUCCGACUCUCCGUCUACACUAUA